ACAUAACUAUUUAUUUUUAAAAUAAGUUUGAACACUUUCAAAAACACUUUUAAAGAACUUUUUAAAAAAUCACUUUUUUUUUUCAGUUUAUUCAAACGGGCUCCAAGUCUCCCCACGUUGAAAAAGGAACACAACAAAUAUAAUAAUUGACAUCUAACUAUAGAUCCACUACGUGGCUAAUAAUAUAUCCAACGAUAUAGUAUAAUAUAUAAAUAUAAUAAUACCCCACAAAAAAAAUAAAAAGCAUAUGGACUUUUUCACAUCCAGGUUCAUUUUUAUUAAUUCUGUUGAUCCAACACAAUAAAUUUUCCUCCUUUUUCUCAAACUCUAUCAUCACUCCAAAAAGCAAAUACGACCUUUUCCCUCUUCUUCUCUAACAAAUUUAAACUCCAUUAUAAUUCUUUUGUAUAAUUUUUGCAUUUACAAUUUUCAAUUAUGAAGAAUAAUAAUAAUAGCUGCUUCAAAAAGGGAGAUGAAAAUAAUUCCAAUUAUCGAGUUAUUCAUAAGCUUCCUAAUGGUGAUAGUCCUUAUGUUAGAGCAAAAUAUGCACAGCUGGUUGAGAAAAAUCCAGAAGGUGCAAUAGUAUUAUUUUGGAAGGCAAUAAAUGAAGGAGAUAGAGUAGAUAGUGCCUUGAAAGAUAUGGCAGUAGUAAUGAAACAACAAGAUAGAGCUGAAGAAGCCAUUGAAGCAAUUAAGUCCUUUAGAGAUAGAUGUUCCAAAUUGGCUCAACAAUCAUUAGACAAUGUCCUUUUUGAUUUAUACAAGAAAAGUGGAAAGUUAGAAGAGCAAAUUGAAUUGUUGAAGCAGAAGCUACAAAUGAUAUACCAAGGUGAAGCAUUCAAUGGUAAACCUACUAAGACAGCUAGGUCUCAUGGAAAGAAAUUUCAAGUUACCAUCAAGCAAGAGACAUCCAGGAUACUGGGCAACUUAGGAUGGGCAUACAUGCAACAAACAAACUAUGCAGCUGCUGAAAUUGUUUAUCAAAAAGCUCAGCAAAUCGACCCUGACGCCAACAAGGCUUGCAAUCUAUGCCUAUGUCUUGUAAAAUUAACGCGAUUUAAUGAAGCAAAAACGGUUCUUGAAGACAUUUUACGAGGUAAACUCCCAGGUUCAGAUGAUCCUAAGUCGAAAAACCGUGCUAUAGAGCUAUUGAAGGAGUUGGAAUCAUUCAAAUUUGCAACAUCUAGUUCUUCACAUUUAGUAUUAUUAGAAGAUGUGUUUAUUGAAAGUCUUGAUCAGUUGAUGAACCAAUAUGUCCCGAUUCGAUCGAGAAGAUUACCUAUUUUUGAAGAAAUAUCAGCUUAUUAUAGAGAUCAAUUGGCUUGUUGAUCUCUAUAAUUUAUGUUCAUUUGAAGUUUUUUUUGUGUAAAAUUAUAGUACUUUUUAGUUGUUAGUAUCAGUGUAGAUGCACAUAAGUACUUUAGGCACAGUUUUUUUUUUUAUUGUAUCAAUUUGAAUGUUUUGUAGUGCAGUGUUAGUUUGGACGGGGACGUUUGGUAGAGCGUAUAAGAAUAAUGCAAAAUAUAUUGAUGUGAUAAUAAUGUUUUUAUUAGUAA